UAUUUCCGCUGCUUUCUGUGACAAGCGUAAAACUUUCAUCAACAGCGGCCAUUUUGGGUUGGUAAUAUCCGAAUAUUCCGUCUGUUCUACGGAUAAAAUACGACUUAAGAACGACUCUGGACACUCCGAGGUCAAAUGAAUUUGAAGAUGAGAUAUUGUUGAAUGAUUUAAGGCGGAAAAAGGUGGACUUUAUUCAUUUCUAAACAACAUGUGAGGUUUUAUGUUACUCAAAUUUGUCAGCUUUUUGUGAUGGACUAUCAUGGCGAAUCGAAAUUGGAAUUCCAGGGAAUAAUUAUGCGGAUAAAAGACAGCAGCAUGGCAUAUAUUGCAACAAACCGGAUUUAUAUAUUUGCAAAACUUAAAUAUCUUCAUUCUGGAUCGUAAGUAGACUUGAAAAUAUUCUGAAUAGUGCCGAUUAAAAGUCUUCAGUCUUUGACUUUUGAUUCGGCUCAUCAUGGCCGACCAACUCGAUAGUGUGGAGGGUCCUCCAGCGGCGAAGAGGGCUAAGAUUGCAUCUCCCAAGCCUUCUACGGAGGGUGGAGAUUUUAACGAUUUGCUCAUUCAUGACAUUGUUGAUGCACUACCUGAUGAACUGAUGGGGUCAAGUGACCAAAAUGGGAUGAUGGACUCGCACCAUCCCAUGCAAGACCCAUCGAAACAACAUGCUCAACUUACUCAACUACUAUCAGGAGCCUCAUCAGCAUCGAGCAUGGCUCCGACAAGUAGUAAAAGUCCGAUGCCGAACAUGGGAAGUUUAGGAAAUAUAAACAAUGCUGCAAAAAGUCCUAGAUCUGCUAAUUUGUCAUCACCUCCGCAUGGUUUAGGGGGUAAAAAUGCUGUGUCUCAACAUGUUGGGAUGGACAGCUUUUCAUCAAACAGUGCUGGUUUUUCAUCAAUGAACUCUGUUGGACCUAUGGUAUCAAAUGCAAAUAUGAUGAACAAAAACAUUGGACAUAACCCGAUUAAUAGCAUGGGUGUGCAAAUGCCAAUAUCAAACAUGGGACAGCAAGCAAAUUCUAUGAUGUCAAAUGGUCCACUCUAUUCUGCAAGUGGACACAAUCAGGGAAGGGGAAAUGUGUCGGGAAUGGGUCAACAGUUGCCUAGCAUGUCUCAGGCGGGUGUAAUGGGAGGGAUGAACCAUCAGCAGAUGCAUGGACCAAAAAGCAUAGGACACCCAGGAAUGAGCAUGCAGCCACAACAGAUGAUGAAGCAGCAAAAUGGACCUCAUGGAGGAAGUUCUUUUGGAUUUACUAACACAAAUGUUGUUGGACAUCCACAGCAAACACCAUCUCCAAACUAUAAUGCUACAUCUAUCCCCAUGUCCCUCCCUAUGUCUUUGUCACCAAACUUGACAUCAACUGCCAUGUCUAUGUCACCUAUAACAAGUACAGUUAAUACACAACCACAGAUGAAUGCUGGCGGAAUUGUGACAGGUCCUGCCACAAACAUGGGAGUUUUGCCGGUUGGCAAUGCCAAUUUGUCACCAGGAGCCACAGGAACACAACAGCCACCAACUGCUGAUCCUGAGAAGCGAAAACUUAUUCAACAACAAUUAGUGCUUUUGCUGCAUGCCCACAAAUGCCAGAGACGACAGCAGUCAAAUGGAGAGGUGUGCUCCCUACCUCAUUGUAGGACAAUGAAGAAUGUGCUGAAUCACAUGACAACUUGCAAUGCUGGAAAGUCUUGUCAAGUUGCCCAUUGUGCAUCAUCCCGGCAAAUAAUUACACACUGGAAGAACUGUACCAGAAAUGACUGUCCUGUGUGUUUGCCACUUAAACAUGCCCAGAAAACGGACAGAACUGCAGGACAGAAUCCACCUAAUCCCAGUGUGACCACAGUGCAGCCGAGUCAGAUGAACCCGAUAGCUGGAGUCGGUGCAGCAACUAACCGAGUAGGAGCAGCGGCUGCCACUGGUACCACCAGUACCCAGCCCUCUCAUGGUCUGACUGAUAGUCAGAUGAAGAGAGCCUAUGCUGCCUUAGGUUUACCAUUUAAUCAACCCAGUACAACAGCAGUCAGACCCACUGGUGGACUAAAUGAUGCUUCUGGAAUGAAUGCUAAUAGUACUGGUAAUCCUCAAAAUAAUUUAUUGGCUGGGUUCACAAAUCCACCUGGCAUGGAUCAACCGAAGCAGAUUGCUGCUAACACCAACAGUGGUUCAAAGGAAUGGCAUCAGAGUGUGACCCAGGACCUCAGAAAUCACCUUGUUCAUAAACUAGUUCAGGCAAUAUUUCCUACUCCUGACCCAGCAGCUCUGAAAGAUAAGAGAAUGAAUAAUUUAGUUGCCUAUGCCAGGAAAGUGGAAGGGGACAUGUAUGAUACAGCUAACAGUCGGGAGGAAUACUAUCAUUUACUGGCUGAGAAAAUUUAUAAAAUUCAGAAAGAGUUGGAGGAGAAACGAUUAUACAGAAUUCAGCAGGGGACAGGGGGAGCAACCAACAUGACAGGAGCAAGGCAGAGACUGAAUGGACCUUUGAGUUCUUUGUUGCCCCAAGCAGCUGGGAAUGAUCCCUAUGGUUUGCCUCCACCUACUCCUCUGCCUGACAUGAGAGGUCCCAGUCCUCGACAACCUCUCAACAGUACACCUGGAAUUCGUCCUGGAAUUGACAAUUCUCAAAACUACCAAAAUAUUGCUGGAAUGACACCCCAAGAUCAUUUACAACAAAUCAGGAAUCGUUUACCACAGCCUCCAAUUAUCCAUUCAUCACAGUCUCCCCAAGCUUACCAAAAUCAAAUAUCACAGUCACCAUCUACCAUAACCCAGGCAUCACAAGGCACCACACAGUUAUCAUCACAGAUUGGGUCAUCAGUAAGCAGUCUUCUCAAUUCAUCAGCCCCUCAGCUUACUAGUCAAGUUCCAGCUUUGAUAUCACAGACUGUUUCAAAUUUGUCCCAACCAUUUGAUCCAACAACUACUGUCACAAGUUCAGUGGGCAAUCCACAAAUUAAGACUGAAAUAAAACAAGAGGAUGGAGCUGGGGGCAUCAACUCUCAAACUCUCAAGGAUGUGCUGAUGGCGCCAAGCACAACUGGAAACACCCCAAACACCUUGUCUAAUGUUCAGACAUCGUCAAUCACUUCUGUCUCUACCACAUCAACAGUGUUUACAUCCACCACUACCACUAAGGACAUCAAACAGGAAAUAAAGCAGGAAGUGGAAAUCAAGACAGAACCAGAGAUUAAACAGGAGCCUUGCUCAGAGGGAGGCAAACAGAUGAAAGAUGAACCAGGUGAAAAUAGCAGCAACAGUAUGGAUGUGUCUAUGGAUUCCAAGGCAAGCACAGAAGGGGAGAGUCAGGAGACGAAGGAUAGUCCUCUACCCUCAGUCGCCACUCCAGCAGGUGCCACGGCUGCACCAAGCACCUCCCAAACCAAACAGCCUCGGCAGAAGAAAGUAUUUAAACCUGAUGAACUAAGGCAAGCAUUGAUGCCAACACUCGAAAAACUUUACCGCCAGGAUCCGGAGUCGAUGCCAUUUAGACAGCCAGUGGACCCAGUUAUGCUCAACAUACCUGAUUACUUUGACAUUGUAAAGAAACCCAUGGACCUUUCUACGAUCAAAAGAAAGUUGGACACGGGCCAGUACACAGAUCCUUGGCAGUAUUGUGAUGAUGUGUGGCUUAUGUAUGAUAAUGCGUGGUUGUACAAUAGAAAGACUUCUCGUGUAUACAAAUAUAGUUCAAAGUUGGCUGAAGUUUUUGAAGCAGAGAUAGAUGGAGUGAUGCAGUCUCUUGGGUACUGUUGUGGACGGAAACAUGUUUUUAGUCCACAGGUUCUUUGCUGUUAUGGUAAACAGUUGUGCACAAUUCCCAGGGAUGCAAUAUACUUCAGUUACCAGAAUCGUACAAGACAAAAUGGCCUCUUUUCUGACAGAUACAUUUAUUGUGAGAAGUGCUUCCAAGAAAUCCAGGGGGAUGAGGUGGAAUUGUCUGAUGAUCCCACUCAACCUAUCACAAAAAUUUCAAAGACCCAGUUCAAUAAAAUGAAGAAUGAUCAAUUGGAUUAUGAACCUUUUGUGGAGUGUGAUGAAUGUGGAAGGAAAAUGCAUCAGAUUUGUGUCCUGCACUUUGAGGCUAUAUGGCCUAAUGGGUUCAUUUGUGAUAAUUGCCAUAGAUCAAAGGGGACAAAAAGGAAAGAAAACAAAUAUUCUGCCAAAAAUUUGCCAUAUUCAGGUAUUCCUAACACAAAGUUGGGUACAUACCUUGAGAAUAGGGUAAACAACUUCCUGAAAAACAAAGAUGCUGGUGCUGGUGAUGUCACAAUAAAAGUGCUGUCUAGUGGGGAUAAAGUGGUUGAGGUCAAGUCAGGCAUGAAGUCUCGAUUCUGUGACAAUGGGGAAAUGCAAGAAACUUUCCAGUACAGGGCUAAAGCAAUGUUUGCUUUUGAAGAAAUUGAUGGAACAGAUGUGUGCUUUUUUGGAAUGCAUGUGCAAGAGUAUGGCUCUGACUGUCCCCAGCCCAAUAAUAGGAGAGUAUACAUAUCAUAUCUGGACAGUGUCCAUUUCUUUCAACCACGUCAACUUAGAACUGCUGUGUAUCAUGAAAUUCUCAUUGGCUAUUUGGAAUAUGUGAAGCAGCAAGGCUAUGCUUGGGCUCACAUCUGGGCCUGUCCACCCAGUGAAGGGGAUGACUAUAUAUUUCAUUGCCAUCCUCCAGAACAAAAAAUUCCGAAACCAAAGAGAUUGCAAGAGUGGUACAAGAAAAUGUUGGACAAAGCAAUCAUCGAGCGUUGUGUGAUAGAUUAUAAGGACAUACUGAAGGAUGCCAUAGAAAGCAAUGUUACAAGUGCUACCCAGAUUCCAUACUUUGAGGGUGACUUUUGGCCCAAUGUAUUGGAGGAGAGUAUAAAGGAAUUGGAUCAAGAGGAAGAAGAGAAGAGGAAGCGUGAAGAGGCAGAGGCAGCAGCUGCCGAACAGGAACCCGAGUGUAUCGACGAAGGAGAAGGCAGCAACCAGGGAGUUGGAAAGAAGAAAGGAAAGAGUAACAGAAAUAAGAAAGCCAGCAAAAGCAAGAACAGUCAGAGGAAGAACCCAAAGAAAACCAAUAUGCCCCAUGGUGGCAAUGAUCUCACCCAAAAAGUAUAUGCCACAAUGGAGAAGCAUAAGGAGGUAUUCUUUGUGAUAAGACUACACAGCCAGGCCUAUGCUCCACAGUCGCUUCCUUCAAUAAAUGACCCAGACCCCAUGAUCACCUGUGACCUGAUGGAUGGGCGCGAUGCCUUCCUCACUAUGGCUCGUGAUAAACAUCAGGAGUUUUCCUCACUACGGAGGGCUAAAUACUCAACCUUGGCAAUGUUAUAUGAAAUUCACAAUCAGGGAAGAGACAAUUUUGUGUACACAUGCAAUAACUGUAAAGCCCAUGUGGAGACGCGUUGGCAUUGUACUGUUUGUGAAGACUACGAUUUGUGCAAUGCGUGCUAUGAAACGGAGAAACAUAUUCAUAAAAUGGAGAAACUUGGACUUGAUUUGGAUGAUGGAACAUCUACAAGUGAUAAACAAGAUAACCCUCAGGAAUCUCGUAGACAAUCUAUUCAGAGGUGCAUUCAUUCACUUGUGCAUGCGUGUCAGUGCAGAGAUGCCAAUUGUAGACUACCUAGUUGUCAGAAGAUGAAGCGUGUUGUUUCUCAUACAAAGUGUUGUAGGAAAAAGACCAACGGCGUGUGUCCAAUAUGUAAACAACUUAUUGCUCUGUGCUUGUAUCAUGCAAAACAUUGUACAGAGAACAAGUGUCAAGUACCAUUCUGUCUACAGAUUAAACAUAAACUGAGGCAACAACAACUUCAGCAUCGGCUUCAACAGGCUCAGAUGUUGCGAAGGCGAAUGGCUGUGAUGCAAAGGACUACUGCUACUCCAAGUACGCAACAAGUGACAUCUCAGCCAUCGCCUUCACCAGUGACUAUUCCACAACAACAGCCACAACAGCCUGGACUGGGUGGAAAACCUCCACCUGCUCCUCCUCAAGCUGCCAUGCAGGCUGCACAAGAGGCAAAGAGAAUAGCUCUCCAACAGACUCUUAACACAAUGAGCAAGCCUAUGCCUACUGUGCCCCAGAGUACAAACAUGGCACCCCCACCUAUGAAACCUAAUCCAACACUCUCUGGUAUGCCACAGCAGCAACAGCAGCAGCAGACACAAUCGGUUGGAAUACCUAACUGGCAGAACUAUUCCCAGAAUAACCAGUCUCAAAUUCGCCAGCAAAUUCAGCCUCAACAGCAGCUGCCAAGAAUGCCAAUGCCGAAUAGACAGCAACAACCAGUGAUGAAUCAACCAGGCAUUCAAAUGCAACCAAACCAAAUCAGACAAACGAAUCAGCAUGCUCUACAUGAACUGUUAAAGACUCUGAAAUCUCCAUCAUCAAACCAGCAGCAGGCUCAAGUGCUUCAGAUUCUGAAGUCCAAUCCACAGCUUAUGGCAGCUUUCAUUCAACAAAGAGCAAAACAACAGCAGAUGCAAGGACAAGGUCAAGUACCGCCCAACAAUCCUAAUCAGCUGCAAAACAUGGGUCAGAUGGGCAUGACUGCUCCUCAGACAGCAGGACAGCCCACAACCCAGCAGCAACAAAUGUGGCAAUAUCAGCAACAACAAAGACUAAGAAUGCAACCGAAUUCUGUUCCUCAACAACAUAAUGUGCAACAACCCCAAACAAAUCAAAUGGGACAAUUUCAAGCUCCACAACCUCCAUUUGCACAACGACAGCGCAUGCCAUAUCCCCAGCAGACACCUGGAGCAUUCCAAGGGGAUGGAUCACAACACAUGCAGCAACAGUUUAAUCAGCAGCAGCAUCAACAACAAAUGAUUCAUCAAGUUCAUCAACAACAAGUCCAGAUACGACAACAGUUUUCUGGUGGAAAACCUGUCAGUCCCCAAAUGUCAGCUAAUCAGACCCCAUCUCCCCAACAGUUCAUGCAGCAAGUGCGUUCACCCACAUCAUUACCACAAACUGUCCGAUCCCCUCAACCAACUGCAUCACCUCAUCAGCAGCUAAAUCCAUCCCCUCGCCAACAUCAAAUGUCACCUCAUCAUGUCAUAUCCAAUCAAUCUCAUCCGGGAGUGCAUGACACUAACCAAAUGAACUCGGAGGCAAUGUUAUUUAGUGGUGGUAUGUCCCUCCAGAGUCAAGGAGCAGAUUCUGGUCUGGGCUUGUCACAAGACAAUGAGGUGGCUCCAUUAACACCACAGGACCAGCUCUCUAAGUAUGUUGAGACCUUGUAGGACUUGGUCAGUUAUCUGUUAUGCCUCUUUAAAAUGCAGAUGCAAGUAGUAUUGUACAAAGGAUUAACUUUCCUUGUGUAUUGUACUUGUUUACAGAACAAAAAAUCGAAAGAGGUUUUAAUAUAUUUUAAUGGUACUAUUGUUGAGUCAAGCAUGAAUGUGAUGUUUGAUUGUUGUUUAGUUUAUAUAUAAGAUACGAAAUUUUAUUAUGAUUACAGAGAAAACUGAUCCAUUUCCUUUUUCAUAAGGAACUAGCAUAACACAUGUGACUUGUAGAUUUUAGUCAUGCCUGCCACUAUGUUUUAUUUAAGAAAUUCUAGAUCAAAAUCAUUCAUGAAACAAACUUUGCUGUGUUAUUAAGAUCAUGUUAUGAAUAUAAUGUAAAUGUUACUGUACAGCUGGUGAAAACCUAUCAUUGCUUUUUGUUUUUCUCUGAUGUGCAGGUUUUCACAUGAAUGAAAGAAUUAUAUUUUGUAUGUUUCCUUAAAUUAUGAGUUGGUGUAGAAGUACAAAUUUGUGCAACACAUUCACAGCUUUAUGAACAUUUUCUUGGUUUGUACAUUUGUAUUCUGUCUUCAGAUUUUUAAUAUUGAUUACUCUGUCAUGUUGAAAUGAAGGAACCAUUGUAUAAAUACAAAAAAUCAGAAAAA